CGCGCUGAUCUGCGGCGACACUUGCUCCGCUUUCCUCGAGCUCUCUCCCCGCAGAGAGUCUCUCUUGCUUUCGUCAGACCGGUUUUCUGUUUUUAUGAUGGAAAAACAAAUGCUGUUGUCAGCGGCUGUUGGUUGUUUCCGUGCUCUGUUGCUCCUGUUUCUGGUGUGCUGCAGCCCCCCGCUGGUUAGCCCCUCCGAUGCGCUGCACAACCUGAGCGCCCUGACCUACCCGUACAGCAGCAUCCUCUCCCCGCUGCUCAAAGCCCUUUCAGAGCACGGAGGGAGCAGGUGGAGCUUGGACGUGAGGAAAAAGAUGAAACCCGAGCACAGAUACGUGAAAUAUCUGACGGAAGUUUACAAGAAGUCCACCAGGAUGCAGAGGAGCGUUGAUGGAGGUGAGGUUUACAACACCAUCAGGCUGAUCAAGCCCCAAGAUGAAUGUCCUGCACAAAGCAAUAAAGAAAGUUUUACACAGGAUUUGUCCUACAGCCUUGAACAAGUAAGAAGAAAAGAGCAGCUCCUGAAGUCAUCCCUGCUGUACAGUUUCAACCUCAACAACCCGGCAGCUGUCAGCUCUGUGUGUUACCUGAGCAUAAAGGAGCAUGAGCAGGCCAACCAGUGCCAGCUGUGUGCUGGGAUUUCUCAUACCCUGAACCUCACAGACGGCACGCAGAAGAGGCGGCGCAGAAACUGGGUGGAAGUGGAUGUUACCUUGUUUCUUCAACCUGUACAAAAGAGUGUAAACCUUCUUGUUAACAUCUCCUGUCCCGAGGAGCAAAGAGCUGGGAGCAAUGGUUUCAGAUCUCCUUUUGGGUUCACCCUGAGGUCUCCUUCUCUGAUUCUAUAUCUCAAUGACACAAGCAAAGUCGUCCACCAGAGGUCCCUGGUGAGUUCCAGUGCAGAUCUAAGGUCACCCACUGCGUUAGACACGUUUCAGAAGCAAGUUUUCAAAUCGGCACAAAGGCAUGGACAGAAGAGGAGGUGGAGGAGGGCGUCUCCGAAGAGCAAGCGUGGAGAUAAAAGCUUAGACAUGCAGCUGCCUGAGCUUAAAUCCAGCUCUGAAUUCCCGACCACAGACUGUGCCUUGUAUGACUUCAGGGUGCGAUUCAGUCAGCUCAAACUGGAUCACUGGAUUGUUUUCCCACCAAAGUACAACCCUAGGUACUGCAGAGGCAUCUGCCCAAGAACCAUGGGCUUCAUCUACGGUUCCCCCGUCCACACCAUGGUGCAAAACAUCAUCUACGAGAAGCUGGACUCCUCUGUUCCCAGACCGUCGUGCGUUCCGUCCCACUACAGCCCCCUCAGCGUCAUGAUUUUUGAAGAAGAUGGCUCCUACGCCUACAAGGAGUUUAAGGACAUGGUUGCUACCAGGUGUACGUGUCGCUGAACCAUCAUGACUGCUCCAAUGCUAGUUCUUCUGGACCAUCUCCAUUUAUCUGCAACUGACCACUGUACAUCAAAACUAAAUGAAUUCAUAAAGCUGUUAAAAAAAAAAGUAACAUUUAAAAAAAUUUUCAGGGGUGUAAAAGUAUUUUAUUAUCUGAAAGGGGACUGUGGUGUUUUGUUUUCCUUUUUGUUAAAAUGUGGUGCAAAUGCAUCCUGUUCAACAUGCGGUUAAUAUAGUUGAGUUGAUCACUUGCAAAAAAAGUGUCCUUUUUUAUUUUUCUCUUUUGCUAAUUUUGUGUGAGUUGUCUGUCUUUAUUUAAUUUAAUACAGUAAUUUUCUUUUAAGUAGUCCUCUUCUGGAAAAAAAGAAAAAAAUCACACCACCAGUAACUCUUAUCAAACCUUUUUACAUAUACUUUUAUUCCUGUGAUUACUACAAGUCACUGUCUUCAUAAUUUGCAGAGUGAAAGUUGUCAGGGUUUCAGUGUAUAUUUAUUGUCAAAAAGUGUCUGUGCGAACUGAUUUAUACUGGUUAAAUGUGACUAAUAUAUCAUGACUAUUUAUGCAAUCUGGAUGAAUUGACUGUCUGUGCUCGGUUUAUGGAUGUCCAAAAGGAGUGAAAUGAGUUGAUAUACUCUGAAAAGUGGAAAAUAAAAAAAUAUG